UAGUUUAAGUUUAGUUUAGUCUUGCUACAUGGAUGAAACUGAAUGAUAUCCACACUGUAUAUAUCAUCGAAUCUUACGAUAAAUUCUUUUUUUCUUCUCAUACAUUCCUAACACGCGGACUGAAAAUCUUAUGACACAUUCGUUUGAUUGAGACGAAAAUACUAUAUUUUAACGGAAUAUUUAAGAUAAUCAAUAGCAAUGUGUAUCGCGGCACAAAAAAGGAGCCGGGGUAGAUCUUUUUGUGUGAUUUUGUUUGAAAGUAAACAUUGUAAAUUGCGUGCAAUUACGCCGUGGCGAUGAAUUUUAAUCACAAAAAUCUUUAUUUACUGACCUCCUUUGUUAUUUUUUUUGCUAAAACUACAAUAGAACAUACUGUUUAUUGCUGUCAGAUGAUUUAGUUCACGCACUAAUCAUAAUUUUUAACUUCGAAAUAUACACAGUUUGGAAUGUUAGACAAAGCAAUUGAUACCACAAGAGUCUAGACUCAUUGUUCAUUUUCCGUAUUUUAUCACAGUUAAAAUCCUUCAAUCCUCUGACAUGUCCACGGAUGGUGAUGUGCUGCACCCAGUCUCUGCUCGUUCGCGCAGCACUCGCUCCCAUUCCCUCAAACAACAAAGUCAACCCAUGGUCCUAUUUAAGCAGCGUUCCAAACGCACCAUGAGCCUGCCAUCCAAGCCUGUCUUGCUGCCGCUGAUCAAUAUUCAACGCUGCCAUGACAACUGGGAUGACGAGAGCGAUGAAGGUGAAAAUGAAGAUGAAAAUGAGGAAGAAAUGGCGUGGUACACGCCAGUUGUUGGAUUAACCUGCAGUCUUGUGAUGUAUUUCUGGUCCUGUGUGCUGGCCUACUACGCCAAGAAAUAACGACUACCGAAAGUUUUCAAGCGUUUGUCGCUGGCGUCUGUUUAACAGGGAACUUAAGCGAUGACGACAGCCAAAAAUUGGAGUUAUAUUUUACCAUUGAAUUUUGCAGAACUGUUCAGUACGCCGAGAGGUUUAAAAUCCUGAUCAAAUUAAAGAUGUAACGCCAGCGAUCAGUUCCAGAGGAAAAUACGAAAAAUUAGCCGUCGUGCCUCGCGUUCUUCAAAAUAAGCAGAACUUGGUCAUUUUACGUUGUUGCUUUGCAGAGGACGGUUACUCAUUAAACCUCUUGUUUAGUGACGUUAUAGUUGUCGUUGUCGUCGUGGUUUGCUUAAUCUCCCUAAUGUCUAUGACCUUAAGCCUUGGUCAAACGGUGCAUCAACUACCAUCGACUAUCAUGCGCUUUUCGUUUGACCAAGGCUUCUCGAAAGCAUCUUGAGUGUCAAGAAAAGUUAAAGGAAAUUAAACGUCAGCACGCUUGAGUUAACACUGAGUAAGCACAAAGUGGACUGAUGUAAGAAAAUUAAUAAAACUCUAUGAAGUUCUCAUACUUUAUCAUUCUGAUAAAGGCAAAGUAGAAGAUCACACAUUCGUAAGAGGUUAAGAUUAAUAAAAUUCCAGACAAUAUUACACAACAAAAAAUCUUUAUGUUACAAUCAACGGUAAAAUAAAUUCACUUAGGUUGUGUUUGAAAUAUAUUUUGUUUACUGAGCUAAUUUCAUAUGACCAUUUUCAUCCAUUCUAAUAAUUAUUAAGCUUGUUGCAGUUCUGAAUGUUAACCAUUAACGUUAAAGGAGUAAUUCAGGGUUUGUGCUUCUUGAAAAAUUUAGCCUAAAUUUUUCAAGAUCGUCGUUUGUAAUCCGUGUUAAUCUUCUCCAUCCUUAACCAUUCUUGUUCCUUUAUGGUUUAUUAUUAUCUCUUUGGAAUUUUUCUAUCUACUUCUAUUUUCAGGCUUCCCUUAAUUUGAAGGUAAUUUUGCAUAUUGACAGAAUAAAUCAAAAUACCGUGACUGAGCUGCAGUUAGUAAUAGUGAAUAGGUUGAACUGAUGUUCUAUUGUCUCAGGCUGGUUGAAACUUACGCGGGAAAACCCUAUCGCGAGCAGCCACUAAUCAGAAACAACAUGUCAAGCCCUGCCAGAUAACACAAAGAUGACAGACUUGUAAACAGUACAAGAAAUGAGUCCGCGGGAAGAAUUACCAUUUUACACAGACUCCGCAGGGAAAUUGUCAGCGAAAACGAAUGGAAUCAAAUGCAUACAUACAUACAUACAUA